UUCUGGAUAAAUAAACCUUCUAAAACGAUUGUCUUCAGGAUCCCAAGAAUUGUCGAAGAGUCGGUUAAAGACAUGGAUUCACAAACCAGUCUUCAUGAACUUUCAGAAAGAUGCCUGUCGCCUAGUCGUCGGAGCAAUCGAAUUCAAUCAAAGCAGGCUUUGGGUGAUUGCACAAAUGAAACACAAAACACAUCUUUUACUAUAGAAGUUCCUUCUACCCCCCGUAGAAAAAGGAUUCAUGAACCAUUCUUGGAGAAUUUAACACCACAGAAAAAAGCAAAGCGCGAUCUGAUCACAAGCCAGAAUGAAGAAGAUAUCAAUAAAAGCAAUGAAAAAGGAUGUAAAGAAAAUACACCACCAGAUUACAUGGAACUUCCUUCUACUCCAAAAACGCCUCGAACCCCUCGCACACCAAGGCGGACCAUCCAGCUUGUGACUCCUAGGUCUUUAAAUCGCAUGAAUAAAUUGACUCCAUUUGCUAGUCGUCUUUUGCAAGCUACUCCUCACAGACAAAUUGUUCCUCCAACUCCUUCAACACCUUCUACUCCCUCUGCGUACAAUCCUGUUAAGACAUGUCUACGGAAAUCCCAUCGUUCCACCGGUGUAGUAGGGCGUGAAAAAGAAAAGCAUUUUUUGGAAUCUUUUUUUAGUCAGAAUCUAACCGGCGAGCCAACGGGAGCGGCUCUUUACAUUAGUGGUGCACCGGGCACUGGUAAGACUGUGCUGGUAAGUGAAGUGUUGCAAGGUAUUGUGGGAAAGUUUAAGAAUGCUCAAGUGUGUAAUGUGAAUUGCAUGACCAUUACAGAGCCCAAAAUGAUCUUUGAAAGAGUUUACAGUCAACUUUUUGACAAGGUUUGCACUCCUGAUGAGGAGGACUCCCAUUCUACAUAUCAGACUCAAUUGAAGGAAUACUUUACCAAAAAUGAUUCUUCCUCUCUCCCUCCAAUUAUUCUAGUUUUGGAUGAAAUGGACCAUCUUAUUGCUCGUGAACAGCAGGUUCUGUAUACGCUAUUUGAAUGGCCUUCUCUUCCCAUGUCCCGGCUCAUCCUAGUCGGUAUUGCAAAUGCACUCGAUAUGACAGAUCGGUUUCUUCCUCGUUUGCAAACCAAAAAUAUUCUGCCAACAUUACUUUCGUUUACUCCGUACUCGGCUCAAGAAAUUUCUACGAUUAUAAAGGCAAGGUUAAAUUCUGCUUUUCUACAACAAAAAACUGGAGAUGGAUAUCCAAACAAGCUCGAGGAAGAAAAAGAGAACAGCUUACCUUCUAAUAUAAAGGUUUCUGAGGAAGUUCCUUUUAUUCAUCCGUCGGCCAUUGAACUUUGCGCUCGAAAAGUUGCAGCCUCGAGUGGUGAUUUGCGAAAAGCAUUGGACAUAUGUAGACAUGCCAUUGAGUUAGUAGAACGCGAACAAAAGUCUCGUGGGUUGGAUACAGUUAUGUCAAUGGAAGCUUUACCAAGGGCAAGUAUUGCUCAUGUUGUUCGUGCUACCUCCGCUUUAAGUCAAUCUGCCAGUUCUCGUUUGAAGGAUCUAAGUCUUCAACAAAAAGCUAUAUUAUGCACGCUGGUCGUGUGUAACAAGUCUUUAAGCAUUAGUGACGUCUAUGAAAAGUAUAGUUCUCUAUGUUUAAGAGACAAGUUAAUUCACCCGUUGACAAGUUCAGAGUUUUGUGAUGUCGUGAAUUCGUUAGAUGCGCUUUCCAUCAUUCGUUUAAGAUCGAAACAAAGAAGCUCAAGAUCAAACGACCGGUUUGUGAAUUUAUUAGUUCCUGAAAUGGACAUCAUUACUGCAGUCGGAGGUAUUGGCACCUUGAAAAGAUUUUUCGACAAGCGCUAAGUAUUGCUCUACAUGCAGUUGGGAUAAUCAGGUAAAGAAGAAGGUGAUUACGGUUUCACUAACAAAACCAUUUUUCAGCGUUCGGUUUUGUUAGUAGGUUAAUUUAUUUAUAGGAUAAUGGGUAUCUUUUGUACGUUUAAUGAUUUGUUAUUACUUUCAGUUUAAUAUUCGAAAAAUAAAUUGUUCAAAAACAUUGCUUCG